AUGAAGCCCAAAUAUAUCCACCCAAAAGAAUACACUGAAUUGCGAAGUAUCUAUAAAUACUAUAUCGAUACGUAUAAUGUGCUGUACCAGUUAAAAACAGAAAAUGAAGAAGAAUUAAACUCUAUUUACAAAAUUAUCAAAACAGAACUGAUUGACUCAAGGAACUAUUCCCCAACAAGUAUUGUCAAAGAUGUUUUUAGCAUCAUCAUAUUCAAUAACCGCUAUACAAACUCAUAUUUGACUCUUGCCAAAUUCAUUACUGAUGAUUAUCAUUUAACACAGAUCGACGAUAAUUAUUUUCUUCCAUACAUCCUGUUUUAUAAAAAAUAUGGAAUUAAAUUAAUCAACCAUAUUGAUUGCAAAAAUGAUUUCACAAAUAUCGAUAUUCAUAGAGAAAAUACCAUUUGCAAUGCAAUUAUGUAUAAUGACCUAGAAAGAUUCAUCUUUUUUACGGAAAGAGAAGGAUUUGAUAAAGAUCAAAAAAUUUCAAGCCAUUUAUAUCCAUAUGGAUAUAAUUGUUAUUCAUUACUUGAAUUAUGUUGUUAUCAUGGAGCUGUUGAUUGUUUCAAGUUAUUAAGAUCGAAAUUUCAAUUAGAAAUAACUGAAAUAUGUCUUGAAUUUUCAUUUUUAGGAGGAAAUGCAGAGAUCAUGAGUGAAUGUUUGAAAUAUCAAACACCAAAUAAAGAAUGCAUGGAAUAUGCAAUUAUCUCACACAACAUUGAUUUUGUUACGUUCUUGAUGAAUGAAUACAAUAUAGAGAUCAAUUUAUUCUAUUGCGAAACAUUCAAAAAUCUUGAAGCAUUUUUAGUUUAUUUGGAUCAAACUAAAGAUGUUAACAAAUGCUUAUUUUACUCCUCGAUAUUUAAUAUUCAAUCUUUUUUCGAAUACCUCCUUUCUCUUGGUGCAAAUAUCAAUGAACAAUAUGAUCUUGGAAGAACCGCUCUUCAUAUGGCAACCCUAAAUAAUCGUAAAGAAAUGGUCGAAAUUCUUAUUUCAAAAGGUGCAAAUAUCAAUGAACAAACUAAUUAUGGGGAAACAACUCUUCAUUUUGCAGCAGAAAAUAAUUAUAAAGAAAUAGUUGAAUUCCUUAUUUCACAUGGUGCAAAAAUCAAUGAAAAAGAUAUUAAUGGAGCAACCGCUCUUCAUAAAGCAGCAGGAAAUAAUUGUAAAGGAAUAGUUGAAUUUCUUAUUUCACAUGGUGCAAAAAUUAAUGAGAAAGAUCAUAAUGGAAUGUCCAUUCUUUAUUAUGCCGCACGCGGACAAAGUAAAGAAACAGCUGAACUUCUUAUUUCACAUGGUGCAAAUAUCAAUGAAAAAGAUAAUCAUGGAUUUACCGCUCUUCAUAAUGCAGCUUUGAAUAAUGGUAAUGAAAUAGCCGAACUUCUUAUUACACAUGGUGCAAAUAUCAAUGAAAUAGAUAAUGAUAGAAAAACCGCUCUUUGUAUUGCAGCAGAAUAUAAUAAUAAAGAAACAGCUGAAGUUCUUAUUUCACAUGGUGCAAAUAUCAAUGAAAUAGGUAUAAGGGGAAAAAUCGCUCUUCAUUAUGCAGAGAGAAAUAAUUAUGAAGAAAUAACCCAAAACCGUUGCAAUUGCAGGUUAUUUUAA